AUGAUAUCUGAAGACUUAGAGAUUGAUCUCUUACCAUCAUUGAAUGUUGAUAGCAUUAAUGUUUACAAUGAAAACAAAAAACAACCCUUAACUUAACAUCCAAUACGUGUUAGUACAAAAAUAAAAAGAGGAAGACCGCCUAAAUCAAAAAAAAAGGCUUCAACCUCAUAAAGUACUGAAGAAAGGAAGUCUGAUGAAAGUCCAGAUAUAAUAAUGAUUGGAUCCUCAAAAGCAAAAAUGGCCAAAGCAAAUACAAUUAUGAAGAAGAUUAAGAAAAAAUUUACCUCUGCAAAGAAACAUAAGAAAUAGGUUUCUGAGGGAAUAAAAAAGGUAUAGAAAUAGCUCAAAGUAACAACAGAUAAGACAUAGUCGAAGUUUCAAUCAGUAAUUUUGAGUUUCAAAAAAUUUCUCAAAGAACUUAAAGAAAACAUGUCAAGAGCUUUAGAUGAAGGGGACAAAAUACUCAAGGAAAUUGAAUGA